UGCGUACAAAAUUCUUCAUGUGGCAUGGUUGCAUUCGAGAGUGUGGAACAAAAAGAACACACGCAGUUGGGACAACCUAGUGCAAUGUUCAUCAAAUCAGCAUAGCUCGAAACAAAACGAACAGUACACCACCGCACGCAGGCUCUUCAAAGGUUCGGGAAGAAUCACCUUUCUCAUUUGAUUUCAAAACGCAAUAAUCGGUUGCGUUCUAUUUCUCAUUACGGAACUUUACAGUUGGCACCUACCCGGUACCUACCGGUAGAAUACAUGAUACACAGCCUACGUUUCAACCCGAGACGGUUGUAAAACUCGACCUUUCACACCAUACGCAAGCAGAAGUGACGCUUCCUUGUUCUCAAAGUUAUACGCGAAGCUGGUCCGAGAAAAAUCGAUACAACCGAACUUCCCAUCAUUAAUUCAUUGAUCGCCCUCGAAAGGACGGAUUGACAGAACGCGAAAGAAAAACUCUGUUAUGGAGGCAGCGCCAAAGAACACACGGGUUUCCUUCGGGAGACCAUCCGAGCCAGCCACAAACUACACAGCAACAAACAUCAACGACCACCGAACCAGCACGGAUGCACCACACAAACAGCAGCAACGAAACGAAGCAAUAGAGGACGCAGCCGAAGGCGCUACAGGGCAACAAGAACAAACGAAUCAGACCAGGCAGUUGUCACAGGUAGAGCAAAAUCAGAGGAGCAUGGUACAACGGAGGAAAGCCUCCCAGUCGACACCGAAUCUACAGAAGAUGGAACUCAAUGAACGCAAUCGUGACCACCACCCGCCAAAACGCCACAGCGUUGCUACGUCUGCCAAUCUCGGAACCACUGCCACCACGAGGAGCACCAUGCGGCGGUGCACCUCKGUCAGCAACAUGAAGCGGUCCAGGAGCGAGCUGAUUCUGCUUUCACCGGAGUUCCGGACACGCCUCAUGAAYGAGCAAAAGGAGCGGGAUCCGCUCUUUUACUACCGCGUUCAGAAAACGAUCGGAAACGGGUCGAUGGGAUCGGUGGCCCUGGUGAAGAAACGCAGCCAGACCGUCGGCGGAUCGGCCAGGAAGGUCGUCCGGGAGGCUGUUCAGACUCACAAGCGGAAGCAGAAAUGCUUCCAACUACCGUUUGGGAUUGGGGGUUUGUUUCGGYUGUGCAUCGAGGACGAGCUGCGGGUUCAGGAGGACAAGGCACCUACGCACAGUAAAACGAGAAAGCAGAAUCGUCACCACCGCGUYGGGGGUACCAAGAAUGCCCUGCUAUCGGUCGAGACCUGGCUGGGAUCUUCGGAGGGAUCCUCGGACGUCUCCUCCUGCGACUCGACGUCRACGGCGGGAAACCCCGCAAAACAGGGGCGACGGAGGUCCAGCAUCUUGUUCCCUGCCGACGAUUCCACCACGGCGGCUUCCACCGCUUCGGUCCGGUCGGCCCUUGACGUCGAGUAUGCCAUGAAGUCCAUCCACCUCAGCCGCAUAACSGACGAUACCUUUGUGCAGGAACUCGAGAACGAGAUUGCGAUCCUGAAGAAACUCGAUCACCCCCACAUCGUGAGGCCACUCGAAACCUUCCACUACCGAAACCAGAUAUUUAUUGUCAUGGAACAUUGUAGCGGUGGGGAUUUGUAUUCUCGGGACCCCUACACGGAGGAGGAAGCAGCGAGGCACAUCUCCUCCAUCCUAAGCGCCGUAGGUUAUCUCCACGCGAACAACGUUGCCCACCGGGAUUUAAAGUACGAAAAUAUACUCUUUGUGAACGAUUCUCCCAAAGCCGAAAUCAAGCUCAUCGACUUCGGCCUGUCGAAGGUCUAUGGAGGGGGAGUGAACGGAAAGAGCCAGACGCUGACGGAGGGGGUCGGAACAAUAUACACCAUGGCACCGGAGGUUCUUAAGGGGAGCUACACUAAACAGGCCGACGUUUGGUCCGUUGGAGUCAUUGCGUACAUGCUGCUGUCCUCGCAGAUGCCCUUUUAUGGGAGGAAACGGCAGCACAUUGUCGAGCAGAUUCUGGCUGGAAAGUACGACUUCCGGGGCAGACGUUGGAGAAGGGUUAGCACCCCUGCCAAGGACUUUGUUCGGGAUCUUCUGGUUCUCGAUCCCGAUGAGCGGCUAGAYGCCGAGCGCGCCUCGAGCUGCGUCUGGCUCAACAARCGCUUCUCGGCCUCGGUCCGCGGUCCCCGCGAAUGCGAGAUUCUGCAGGCGCGCAACUCUAUGAUGCGCUAUGUUGGCUACACUAAGCUCAAGAAGAUGGCCCUUAUGGUUGUUGCCCACCGAUCGACGUGCGAGGAAAUCGGGAUCCUGCGCAAGGUGUUCCAGAAGUACGCGUCGAUUGACAAGGGUGGGUGCAUCUCGUACGAGGGAUUCAAUUCAGCGUGGAAGGAAUCGGGCCUACCGCCUGAGGACACCCGGGCUAUUUUUGAUUCGGUGGUGAGUAGUAGUGUUGGGCAUUGUACGAAAAGUAUUAGAUUUGUAUGAAUGUAUGUAUGCCCAAGAGAAACCGUGUGAUUGUUUCUUCUAUAUAAGCAUUUUAGUUCGGACACCGUGAAACUUACUAAAUUAUAAUGCUCUUCCUUUUGUUAUGCCUUCUUCAUUUUGACAACACAAACAGGAUUUGGAUGGAUCAGGUCUGAUUCAAUACACAGAAUUCCUUGCUGCCACAAUUGAAGCCCAGGGUGCCAUCAGCGAGGAACGGCUGGCGGAAGCCUUUGAUCGAUUCGAUUCUGAUGAUUCCGGCCACAUUUCGGUGGACAAUCUUGCCGAGCUGCUGGGCAAGGAUUUUUCACGACAGGAAAUUAUUGACAUCAUCGGCGACGCGGUCGAUCCAGAUAAUGGUGGCGACGGAACCAGCAACCAAAUGAUCUCCUAUUCAGCCUUUCUAUCCUUAUGGGAGAAGAACCAUGAAAAGGAGGUCCGCGCCAACAAGUUGCGCAUGCUGGGCAGUCAAGCCAAUCUGUGUCAGCUGGGUGACGAUGGCUUUGACGAUGUUGAAGACACAGACGUUGAUUCACCACACUACUCCAUGGAGAAUUGUGAGGAAGCRGCUAAGGCUCGGGCGACCUUUCUAAUGGACAAACACGGAACCCUCAGAAACAGCAAUGCACAGGAGCAGAAAAAACUGAUUGUCGUGGAGCAACCGAUCCUUGAAGAUGGUGCCGAUUUCGAUGAUUCAUUCACCGUGGACGGUGGCAUUCAGAUAUAGCGCACCARUGAGAAGGAACAUACCAUGGAACAGAAUACGAACAAUCAGUCUGAUGCACCCCUUUUGUCAGGUCACAGCAGCAGCAGCAACAACUACAACUACGCAACYCAUUUUUUCAUAAUGCACCAAUAAUGGAUCAGAACGAGCAAGCUAUAGUCAGCGCAAAAAUAAAUGACUGCCUCGAUCCAUGGAGAUAACAUAUGAAUCAUAAUUUUUUUCGAAGGAUGAACCCAUUAUGGAAACGAAUGUACCUAGGAAGCAUUGCUGUGU